AUGUCUUCCUCAUCAAGUGAUGAAGUAGAUGAAGCUCUUGACGAAAUGGUCGACGAAGUUGUUGAUAAUUUCAUCGACACAAUUGUUGAUCGUCAAACCAACAACCAGAAGAGACGAUCUUAUAUCGAAAGAGAUCGAGAACGAGGACACAAUCAAUUAUGGCAAGAUUAUUUCAGUGAUAAUCCAAUAUUCCCACUGGAAAUGUUUAUGAGGCGUUUUCGAAUGAACAAACCAUUGUUCCUUCGCAUUGUCGAACGCAUAAGUACUGAAGUUCCAUACUUUCAGCAAAGAAUAGAUGCUGCCAGAAGGUACGGGCUAUCUCCACUUCAAAAGUGUACGGCUGCUAUACAUGAGUAUCUACGAAGACCUACGGCUGAGGAUCUUCAACAAUUACUCGAUGUUGGAAAGGUACGUGGGUUUCCGGGAAUGAUAGGCAGCAUCGACUGCAUGCAUUGGGAGUGGAAAAACUGUCCAACGGCUUGGAAAUGUCAGUUUACACGUGGAUCAGGAAAGCCGACAAUUGUCUUAGAAGCCGUGGCAUCACAAGAUCUUUGGAUAUGGCACGCAUUUUUCGGCUUACCAGGUACCCUCAACGAUAUCAAUGUUCUUGAUCGGUCACCUGUUUUUGAUGACAUCUUACAUGGUCGAGCAUAUAAAGUUAAGUUCAAGGUCAACAACCACACUUAUCGUAUGGCCUACUAUCUUACUGACGGAAUUUAUCCAAACUGGUCAACAUUUAUCCAAUCCAUCCCACUUCCUCAAGGUCCUAAAGCCGAGAAAUUUGCUGAAAGGCAAGAAUCCGCCAGAAAAGAUGUCGAACAGGCUUCUGGAGUUUUGCAAUCAAGGUUUGCAAUUGUUAAAACCCCAGAUCUACAAUGGGACAAGGAAAAGAUAGGAAAGAUAAUGAAAAUUUGUGUCAUAUUGCACAAUAUGAUAGUGGAGAAUGAACGACACGGCUACGCUCAAAUUAAUACAUCUGAGUUCGAGUUAGGAGAGUUAAGCAGAAGUUCUAGGGUGAGAACGAGAGAAAGUAUUCAUGCCGGUGAUAUGUUGGCAUGCGAAGAGAAGUUCGAGAUGCAGAGAAGCAUGUUCGUUUGA